CGCAGGGGUUGGUGUUUCACCCGAACCUCACGAAUGCAUGAAGCUCGAACCCUGAACACCAACAUCCAUUAUUUGAAAUUAAAAGAAUCGUUGGGGGACCAAACAUGUGUUAUUGAGGCGCCACUUAAUAGGCUAUUUCUGGGCAAUAUUGUUCAAUAAAAAUCCUCUCUCAAGUUUCAGUAAAAGACGUUUGGAAAAUCGUGACCGAACCAUGGAUCCGUGGAGAUUUAGUUUGAGUUUAUUAAACCUCUCACGCUGGCAGGUGUGUGGACUGAAUUCUUGCGCUCUCACAAAACCCUGAGAGUGAGGAGAAAGCCCCGAACUGACCAUUAAGUUGGUCUGAAGAAGGUGUUUGUGGUGCACGUUGCUUUUAAUGAGAAGGCAUUCAUCAUUCCGAGCGAAUUACGCUGUGCACAGCACCGAGGACAGAUCCAAACACAUCAAACACCUGCACCUGUGGGAACAUCAUGAAUGGAGGCUGAUUUCUCGCCAAUUCCAAAGCUAAAUCAACUUUGCAUUCUUGAAACAAGUUGCACAAGGUGUUGAAUUUCUGCCAGAUCAAUUCUUCACUGGUGCUGAGAAGAUAUCGAGAUGCGUCUACAAUCAGCGACAGACUUAGUAAAUAUUUCAGCCGAGUAAACCACGCAGGGUAGUUGCAAGGGUUCUUCACCUCUCACAAACCCUGACAUGGCUCGGGUUACUCACAUCUUCCUGUUCCUGUUGAUUCCUCUGGCCCAAACCAGCCCCAGGUACACCCCACCCCUGGCCGGAUCAAAGCGGGAGAUCAUCAUAGAUGGAGACCUGGUGAUCGGAGGGCUGUUCCCUGUGCACGAGAAGGGCGAAGGGAUGGAGGAUUGCGGUAAGAUAAACGAAGAGCGCGGGAUCCAGAGGCUGGAGGCCAUGUUGCUGGCGCUGGACGAAAUUAACCAGGACAACCGAAUCCUACCCGGCGUGAAGCUGGGAGCCCAUAUACUGGACACCUGCUCUAAAGACACAUAUGCCCUAGAGCAGUCGCUGGAGUUCGUGAGGGCUUCUCUCACUAAAGUGCAUCAGCCAGGCUUCAUCUGUCCCGAUGGGUCGAAUCCUGUGCCGGAUGAAUUGCCUCUGGCCAUUUCUGGAGUGAUUGGAGGAUCCUAUAGUGAUGUUUCUAUACAGGUGGCAAACCUUCUUAGACUCUUCCAGAUCCCUCAGAUAAGUUACGCUUCCACUAGUGCCAAGCUCAGCGACAAAUCCCGUUAUGAUUAUUUUGCCCGAACUGUCCCACCAGACUUCUAUCAGGCUAAAGCCAUAGCUGAUAUCAUACGGUACUUCAACUGGACCUACGUUUCCACUGUAGCUUCAGAGGGUGACUACGGUGAGACGGGUAUAGAUGCGUUUCAACAAGAAGCCAGAGUACGCCAAAUCUGCAUUGCAACUUCAGUGAAAGUCAGCCGUUCAGUAAACAGAGGAAAUUAUGAAAAUGUUAUUCGUUCACUUCAGCAAAAAGCCAAUGCCAAAGUGGUGAUUCUCUUCACCAGAAGUGAAGAUGCAAGGGAACUGCUCUCUGCCGCAGCCAGGAUGAACGCUACCUUCAUUUGGGUGGCCAGCGACGGCUGGGGAGCGCAGGAGAGCGUAGUUCAUGGCAGCGAGAAGGCUGCCAAUGGGGCUUUCACCAUUGAGCUUGCCUCAUACUCUAUUAGGGAGUUUGAAGACUAUUUCACCAAGCUAACACCGGAAUAUAACACUCGGAACCCGUGGUUUAGGGAAUUCUGGGAGCAUAGGUUUGGCUGUCGUCUUCAUGAACACGGCUGCGCCAGUAAUAGCCUGAGGAAUGGGUCGUUUAAGCCAGAAUCAAAGAUCAUGUUUGUAGUGAAUGCAGUCUAUGCCAUGGCCUAUGCCCUGCACAACAUGCGGCAAGCUGUGUGCCCCAACACCACAAAGGUGUGCGACGCCAUGAAGCCAGGCAAUGGAAAGAGGUUCUACCGGGAGUUUAUCCUCAAGACUAAGUUUGAUGCCCCUUUUAGGCCUGCUGACACGGAGAACGUGGUGCGGUUCACCUCAUUAGGUGACUGUCUGGGUCGCUACAACAUCUUCCACUACCACAAAGAGGAAAACAAGUUUUUCUACCGGAAGGUAGGCUACUGGGCACAGAGCUUAGUGCUCAAUACCAGUCUGGUGCCUUGGGCAGGUGGAGCAAUUCCUACAUCUCAGUGCAGUGACCCAUGCCAACCCAAUGAAGCUAAAAGCAUGCAACCUGGGGACGUGUGUUGUUGGAUUUGCAUCCCAUGCCAACCCCACCAAUACCUGCUAGAUGAAUUUACCUGUAUGGACUGUGGAUUUGGAGAAUGGCCCCUUGCUAACCUCACGGGGUGCUAUGAGCUUCCGGAGGAGUACAUCCACUGGUCGGACGCAUGGGCAGUAGGACCCGUCACCAUUGCCUGUCUGGGGAUGCUGUGUACGCUUGCGGUGGCUUUGGUUUUCUUACGGAACAAUGACACUCCGGUGGUGAAAGCUAGCGGUCGAGAACUUUCAUACAUCCUGCUAUUUGGUGUACUCCUUUGCUAUGCCAUGACCUUCAUUUACAUUGCCAAACCUUCGUCAUUUGUGUGCACCCUGCGUCGUCUUGGCCUCGGCUCCUCCUUUGCAGUUUGCUACUCGGCUUUGCUGACGAAGACCAACAGGAUCGCUCGCAUCUUUGGUGGGGCGAGAGACAGUGCCCAACGUCCACGCUUCAUCAGCCCUGCCUCUCAGGUAGCAAUCUGUGCCAUACUGAUCUCUGCCCAGCUGUUGGUCGCUCUUGUCUGGUUGCUGGUAGAGGCACCGGGUGUGAGGAAAGAGGUGGGUCCAGAUCGAAGAGAUGUGGUGACUCUGAAAUGCAACAGCCUGGACUCAAGCAUGCUGGUGUCUCUCACCUACAACUGCAUCCUCAUCAUCCUCUGCACCUUCUAUGCCUUCAAGACCAGGAAAUGUCCAGAGAACUUCAACGAAGCCAAGUUCAUCGGCUUCACCAUGUACACCACCUGCAUCAUCUGGCUGGCCUUCCAGCCCAUCUUCUACGUCACUGCCAGUGACUACAGAGUGCAGACCACUACCAUGUGCAUCUCCGUCAGUCUGAGCGGCUCUGUGGUGCUCGGCUGCCUCUUCGCCCCCAAGAUCCACAUUAUCCUUUUCCAGCCGCAGAAGAAUGUGACCACUCUGAGGUCCAAAGAAAACCGAUUCUCCACGGCAGUCACCGCACCGAGCUCCACCUACUCACAAGCUUCAGCCUCUACUAUAGUACCAACUGUAUGUAACGGGCGAGAAGUGGUGGACUCUACGACAUCAUCGUUGUGAAGACACAUUUAAGCAAGAUGGGGCCAAUUUUAUAUCAAAUCAUCAAAAUCAGGAGUUGAAAGCAAUUUCGUAGACUUGUGCUCUUUAUUUGAUACUGUAAUCAAAUAUUUGGAGUCAAUCUCAGUUUAUCUCAUGAUCUUAUCCUGAACACUUGUUGGUGUCCCAAAUGAUCCCGUGGUCGCCUCUAUCUUGACCAAGCAUGUUUUUGUCUUUCAGUUACACAAUUAAGGUUUUCUUUAUGAUCAAGAGCUUGAAAGGACAAGGACCAUUGUAAAUGUGAUUAUGAAUCCAUGUGCCAAUGAGCUAGCCUAAUAAAUUUAAAGCCACUUGACAAGUGACCAGUUGUUUUGACGCAGCAACUAGACUUGGCAAUAUGUGCCCUUUAUUUAUGUACACUACAAAUGAUGUUGACUAGUCUAAGUAAUGUUAACAGUAGACUUUGAUUUCUCAGUCUUUAUAAUUGUAUUUCGUUGGACUUCAUCGAAUCGUCGUUGGGGAAAGGCAUGAUAAAUGAAUGUUUCAGUUUCGUGAUUACUACAACCACAGGACUUUGAUCACCAAUGAGACUUGCACAAAAUAUAUUAUGAUUUUUUUUAAUGUACCCCAGGGUAUGUGAUUUUAGAUGCUGUAUUCUCAGUAAAUGGGAGACUGUAACCAAUUUCUCAUUUUAGUUUGGUGGUAAAAUAGUCCAACUUCAUUUAGAGAUGAGUUUGUCUUUUUAGUGUUGUGGUAUAAAGUCUAACGUUCCUCAUUGAUUAGUUUAGGUGUCGUUGCAAGAUGGAAAAACUAACUAUAUUAUGUAUUUCCCUUUUUUGAACUUGCAUUAAAUUCUUACUUGUCCGUUUUGAGAAAAAAGUAGGUAACAAUACAGAUGUUCUAAUGUGAAUUUUUGUGAACCAGUCAGUGUUAUACUUGUAAUAUAUGUAAAUAAA